UCGAGAGUGGAAUUGAUAAAAACCAGGUGACCGUGAGGAAGUUCAUGCAAAGUAAAGAGGGAUUGAAAGAAUUAUUUUGUGAAGUUGAUCUUUGCAUCAUGCCCUCUAGAACAGAGGGUUUUGGUUUGACAGCGUUGGAGGCAUUGUCUGCCGGUCUUCCCAUUCUUGUCAGUAAAAACUCAGGAUUUGGUGAAGCACUGUGCUCUUUACCAUCGGGCAAAUCAUUCGUGGUGGAGUCUGAGGACCCCAAGGAGUGGGCAGAGGCAAUUUUUGGUGUCCGACAGAAGGAAAGAUCAGUUCGACUUCGAGAUAUUCAGCAGCUGAGGAGUUCAUAUGAAGAGAAGUUUAGCUGGGAGAAACAGUGUGGCCGUCUUGUGGACAAGAUGUUCGACAUAGUUCAUGCUUCCAAAAGACAAGACACAAGUUUCAGAGCUCGGCAGGUCGAAGUUGUUGAUACGUCAACCGAACAACUAACAGUGGAUUCAUUACUGAAUCCAAGUUCUCUUGACCGAAUCAUCCAGGAACUUCGGCAGAUGCAACUUGAUGCAAGCAGAGUCAAGAGCAGAACAGAUCUAUCAUUGGGGCUGAGGAAUAUUGCAUCAGACAGGGGCUUCAGAAUAUCUGACAAUGAAGGAUUAGGAAACUGCAUGUUCUAUGCCUUGUCCGAACAACUGGAAAUUGUUAAGGGAAUCAAAAUCCCACAUGGCGAAUUAAGACAAAACUUGGUUCAGUACCUCAGGAGCAACCCAAAACUUCCGGAUGGAACAGAUCUGUUUCACUUUGUCCAUGGACAUCAAACAUGGACUGAGUACCUUGAACAAAUGGAACAAGAUGGCACUUGGGGUGAUCACGUGAUUCUGUGUGCCGCAGCGAACCACUUUAAAACGUGCAUUCGUGUGGUCAGCAGUCUAUCCCAUGGCAAUGAUGUAAUCAUUAUGCCACAUUGUGCCGUUGACGAAAGCAAACCUCUUGUGCUGGGACAUAUUCAUGAGGUGCACUAUGUCAGCCUUCAACCCGUGCAAG